AGGGGUAGGUGAGGCGAUUCUGUCUACAAAUAUGCCACGGGGACUGCGGACAGGUCACUGAAGUAGCUAGUUGUUGGAGGCACACUAAAACCUAGAAUUAGACUCAGACAUUUGAAUUUGAUUCAUUAAACUACCACCACAAUUUUGACAAUAUGACCAAUUCCGUUUAUGAGGAGACCAGUAAUGGGUAUUACUUCCUCUACGAAUGGCUGGCCGAAAUAGAGGACACGACAAGCCCCAUCGGACUACCAGAUCUCCCGACGGAUACAGAUACAACGACGGCAACAACGACAAGCACACCUUUAACACCACCAGAUUCGACGCUUUACCCACUUACCCCGCCCGAAGUAGUUAUUACUAACGAGGAUGGGGAAACAAGAAGGCUUCUGCCCCUUGUUAUGUCUCGACUAGACACGCUCGAGCACUUUGUUACCAAGGUCGACAUUGCGAUGGGCAAGAUUAAUGAUUUCAUGGCGAGAGUAGACCUAGCAAUGGAGACUAUGAAGGGAGAUUUACAGAGUUUCUCAGCCGGCAUGGUCGGUCUUCUCAGAGGAUGGGGCCUUCUUCCUCGUACCCCAGGCACCACCAUGGUCGAUGUGGAGACAGGCAAUGCUGUUGCAACGACACAGCGUCACACAGAGUAACCUGGCCACCCAUGCCAGAUGCCGCAUUGGACAAAGAGAGUCACAUGAUAGAGAGCAUCUGCAAGCAAGCCUGGCAAGGCCGCCAAGGGAUGGUUUAAGAAUUGCAGGAGAUAUAAUAAGUUGUAUUAUACAGCAAUUUCCACAAAGAAAAUAAGAAUGAAUGUAUUACCAUCGGUAGCACUUGAACUGAGACAAUAUACUGCAAUACAAGCAUAUAAUCAUG